GAAGAAUCACAGAGCAUUGUAAGGCCGGACGAGCAACGAAGAGAGCGCAGCCAGCAGCGUGGCAGGCAUGGAGCCUUUCGGGUUUGAAUCGGGGCCGAGCCGGGCGGUGCAGACGUUCCAGUCGCACGAGGAAAGCUACCAUCGGUGCUCGAUGUCGAUCAACCGCGCCAUCAACGGCAUCCAGCUGAACAACCUUGUUGACGCCGUCGGCGCGACCUCGCUGCCGCUCGACCUUCAAGAAGCCGAACAACAUGUAAAGGGCAUGGAGAUCGAAGCCCGUUCGAUGAAGGGCAACGAGCGGCGUCAGUGCCAGAGCAGAGCCAACCAGUGCCGGGCCGACUUGAAAGCUCUGCGCAGGAGCAUAGACCAGGCAGGGCAGCGGGCCCAGGCAGAGGAGCUGAUGCGUCGGAGUGGCGGCGGGGCAAUCGGAGGGGAACCGAGGAGUUUCUCGGAAGGCGGUGGCGACCUAAGGGGGCUGGGCCCGGAUCUUGCCCAGCAGAGUCUCGCCAGGCGAGUUUUGAGUCGAUUGAGUCUUCAAGACUCUCGAAGAGUGCUGGAGGAGACCGAGGGCAUCGGGCGCGGCGUCAUGGGCGACCUGGAGUCGCAGCGGGAGUCCCUCCUGCGCUCCCGGGCGAGCGUGCGAGACACCGGGGCGGCCGCGGGGCAGGCGCGGCGUCUGCUGGGGUCGAUCUCCCGUCGGGAGCUGAGACACCGGCUGUGCCUCUACGCUGUCAUCGCCCUGCUGAGCGCGGCGAUCGUUUUCGUCCUUUACCUCAAGAUCCGACGGCGAAGUCUCUUGUGAAAAACUUUCUCUUUUUUUUUUUUUUGCGUUUUUGACCCCCAGUAGGUUGGACUCGUAUAGGCAACGGAUGCUCAACACAUGACCACCGCCGUGAAGAACGGCUUUCCUGCUGGUGAGCUUCACAAGGGGAGCGAAACCCUCUCCGUCGAAGACAGUCACAUCGUAGGAACUUGAUUAAAACAUUCCGUGUCAUGGUGACUGGCAUCGUCGGGGAGGCAAGGCUAAGGCUAAGGCUAAGGCAGAAAUGCAGAAUCUCGUUAUUCUGGUCGGUGGGGUGUAUCCCCCCCCCAACAGAGUGUGGGAUAUGUGUGUGUUUGGCUUCUCGGCCGUGUAGACAUCUCUGAGAGAGAGAGGCUGAGGAUGUCGUUCGCAGCACCGCACGACCAGUACGCCCGGCUACACUCGUUAUGCGUGUCGCACUUGAUACCCCCCCCCAUCCGUCCUCCAAAACGUGCUUGGCUAUUGAAUUUGGAGAACAACGUUUUGGUUGGACUAGGUGUCGAGCAACGGGCUUGCAUGCAGGUGCAGGAACGUUUGUUGCGUGGUGUGUGGCUAGUCCGGCCGGCAGGCCUCAUUGGUGUGUUUGUAACUACGUCGCGAGGGGCGGCCGGCCCUUGGUAGUGGCGUUGAGUUUCGGCGCACAGAUCGGUGUGGGGGGGGGUACAACGGGGUCUACCCUCGGUGUGCGCGGACACGGGACGACCUCAUGUAAAUAUAUUUCACUA